AUGGAAGCCGUGGCGAUUUGCGAUUAUCAAGUGCAAGCACAAGGCGACGAAUUCACCCUUACUGUUGGCCUAGAGAUUAACAUCCUUGAUAAUUCUGGAGAUUUUUUCUUGGCUGACAUAAAAGGAGAAGAACGAUACGUUCCUGGAAAUUACGUAAAGCUCAAACGAGAUGUUCCGUGGUUUCUUGGUCAUAUAGAACGUGAAGAAGCAGAAAACAUCCUCAGAAAUGCGCCUCACGGAAGCUUUCUCAUCAGAAAUCGCCAAAAGACGAAGCCGAAUGACACAUUUCUGUUUGGCUUGUCAGUGAAAAACGAGAAUUGUCCAGAGAUUGUUCAGCACUACCGAAUCGCCAAGGACGAAGAAGGGCUUUACUGGAUGUAUGAGAAUAGAAGAUUUUCGAGUCUGGAUGAACUAGUCCUUUGGUACAGUGAUCCUCAGAAUGACCCCGAAGCACCACAAGGUGCACCACAGCUUCACCAUGUUGAUCUUGGCUUCAGAGGCGGCGAGAACGAUAUUGGAAAGCCUACACCAGCAAUCGCCCUUUUCUCCUUCAAAAAAGAAGAAAUAAACGAGCUCAGCUUUGGUGCCGGGAGUCACAUAAUCGUUCAUAAGAAAAUACCAGUUCCACAAGAAGGUCGAAAGAAACCCGCUUUUGAAACUUACGAUGAUUCCGAGUGGCUAUAUGGCAAUCUUGAAGGAAAACCGUCAGAGAAGGGCUUUUUCCCUCGCGAGUUCGUGAAGAUUUUGUGA